UUGGAAUAUGUACCUUCAUUCAUAAUGAUAGAAUGUUAGAUUGUCUUGUGUCCAUUGGUGCUCCUGGAUUGAUAUAUCAAAAUACGAUUACAUGAAGUGUAAAUGUUUGAGCCAACACAUGAAAACGCCCAAAAUUAUCUCUUCAACGCGGAGAUUCACCGGAGCGAUCGAAGAUGGAGAAGAAGCGUGAAGGAGUAAUCGAAGGAACGAGUCGGAUCGUAUCAGAUCCUUACUAUUUCCUCCAUCUCAUGGCCUUCUUCUCUUACCUUCCGAUUCGCAGCUCAACCGCACAGUACACUUCUCAUCGACUCUUCGACAGAGAAGCGUUCCUCAUGUUCUCCGCUAUCAAGAUGGUUAGGGAGGAAACAUGGGAGGCCUUCGUCGCCGAUAGCUUACUCUAUGCUAAGAUCUUUCUCAUAGCUGUUACGUUGGUUAUGGAUUAUCGAGUGGCGAUCUGGUUUAGUCUCAUAUUUUCAGUUAUAUAUCUUUUAGCUCAACAACCACCAUUUAGCAGAUUAGGAACUGCGAAGAAGCUAACACCUAUGCAGUUGGAGGAUUUGCUAUCUGAUGGGACCACAACUAAAUACUGGUUGAUAGAAUUCUAUGCGUGUAGUUCAUCCAAUGUUCGUUCAAGCCGCUGCUUUCCCGAGCUCUCCAUCACGUACUCAAAUAAUCUUUUGUCUUUUGGAACCAUCGAUCUUGGACUUUUCCCUAAUACUGCAGCAAAGUUUGGAAUAUCUCUCGCCGGUGGAAUGUCUCAGCUUCCUACGUACAUAUUGUUUGAAAAGGGUGUAGAAGUUUCUCGGUUCCCAGACUUUUAUGUUGACGCUACACUGUCUUUACCCAUAACCAAGAAACUUCUGUGUCAACAUUUUGAGCUUGAUCGGCUUCUGCUUGACUACAUCAACGGAUCAUAGCCAGGAAAAUAUUAUGUUCGAUGACAACUCGUGGGAGAGCCUAUAACAUGCAAACAUUUUUUUUUUUGGCAAACAUCUUCUUCUCGCACAUUCAUUUUUUCUAUCUUCUUAUUGUAGGCAUUUUAGUGAGGCUUUGCCUGAGGAAACCAAACCACAGAUACUACUUUUGUGUUAUAGAGAAACUAGAAGCAGUAAGGAAUUUCUUAAAUCUAAUGUAUAUUUAAAACAAAAUUUAUUAAAUAUUAUAUAUUUUACUA